AUGAAUUAACAAAAGCCACCGUCAACAUAAACAAAAAAAGUAGAUUAAUCAGUUUCAACAAUUACAAAAAAAUCACAAGCCUCAAGAAAGGACUCUUCAUUUUAAUAAGCAGCUAUUCGAUAAGUUUUAGUUGGAGGAUAACCAGGAGUAAUAUAUAAUUUAAUUUCUAAAGGAUGGAUUAUGGUGUUAUACACAAGAUUAGCCUUCGCCAAAUCUAGUUAGUAUAAAGGAAAUUAAUACACAUAUUAAUUAAAAGUUCAAGUAAAUAGAAUCCAAUAUUGAAUCAGAAAUAGUUGAAACUCUAAGAUAAUAAUGUCAUUAAUUAGGAUUAGAGUUGGAAACUGUAAAUGUUUAGAAUUAAAAUUUAAAAAUAGACAUAGCCUAAUAAAAUAAAUAUAUUGACCAAUAAAAUAAAAAGCUUGAAACAGCAAUGAAGGAAAUAGAAAAUUUAAGGAAUGUUAAAGUAUCUCUUCAAUCUUAAUGUGAAACUAUUAAGGAUCUAUAUAAUAAAACUAAAAGGGAAUUA